CGCGCGCAUACGACCAGGCGACAUCCUCCGCACACCCUCCGGGGCUCUCUGGCCGUACUGACGGAACAGAAUUAAUAAGACGCGCGCUUGCUGUGCCGUGGGGUGUGCGUUGCAGCAGUGGGACGAUCAUUGACCUUCGAGACUCGCCCUCUUUUUUCUCUCUGUCCUCACCCUGUGCAUGUCCGUCCUCGUUGCCCGCCCCAACCUCCCCGCGGCUGUUCGCGAGCGCCUGCACGCGCCGCGCGUGCUCAUCCGGACGUUCGGCAGCAGCUCAACGUCCCAAAAGGCCCUUCCAUUCUCGCUGAGGCACGCACGCGAGAGCACGGCUCAGCCUAACCAGGCAGAAGGCAAUGUACUCCGCAUGCUCAUGUUCGGCAAGCCUGGCGCAGGCAAGGGUACUCUCUCCGGACGGCUCGUCAAGAAGUACGACAUUGUGUCGCUCUCGACGGGCGACUUGCUUAGGCAGCACAUUGCCGAGGGGACGGAAGUUGGACGGAUGGCCGAAGAGAUCGUUGCAACUGGCGGACUCAUCCCUGAUGAUAUUAUGCUUAAGAUCAUAACGAGUAAACUAGACUUGCUUCAUAAUAAGCACUGGAUCUUGGACGGCUUCCCUCGCACAGUGGGUCAGGGAAAGCUUUUGGACGAACACCUGCGGCAAAGAGAGACGCCACUCAGCCUUGUCGCGAAUAUCGACGUUGCAGACGAAAUUAUUCUCAGCCGUAUCUCAGAUCGCUGGGUCCACUUGCCCUCCGGCAGGGUAUAUAAUCUCUCAUAUAACCCACCAAAGAUCGCCGGCCUCGACGAUGAAACAGGCGAGCCGCUGACCAAGCGGCCGGAUGACAACCCUGAGGUCUUUGUCCGCCGCCUCGAGAAGUUCUAUGCUGCGACAUCGCCUUUGCUAUCGUACUACGCCGAACGGUCUGGCAACGGUGUCUCGCUUGUGACUCUGAAGGGCUCAACAUCGGAUGAGAUUUGGCCUCAGCUAGAAAAUGUCCUCACAACCCAUUUUCCAACGCUCAAAGAGCGCGCAGACCAAAAGCGCAGGAGCAGCCUCACUGAGGCUGUCCUGGCUCGGACGGAGGGCGACAAGGCCGAGCUGGUUCGGUAGACUCACCCCACCUGUCUCUGAUUAUUGUUAUCGUGCACAAGUCUGGAUAUCUUUGCAUUUUCUUCCAUUUUUGUCUUUUUGGUUUUUCCAUAAACCCGCCGUACAGAUGGUGUCAUACUUUUGACCUUUGCAACAACUGUACACGUAGUCAUAUAUCUCACUCGACGUCGCGCCGCACUUUAAUAUGGAUCAGUCUAUUGUUUGCUACCGUAGAGCGUACAUUUUGACUUCGUACAAGCCCUCGGGGAAACCCUGCUGGACUUGUUCGUAAACGAGUGUCAGUCCAGCUGUUUCGAAUGUUUUCUUCCAGGCCAUGUCAGAUCUUGUCAGACUAGAGUCGCUGUCGUCAAAUGCGGUCGUGGCGGUGCCGUCUGCUCCGUCCGAGCAUAAGUUCUCCUUCACUAUGAUCAGACUUUCCCGAGCGUCCCGCAGAGACUGCCUGCACCGCCGGAAGAAUGCGACCAGGUCUGCAUCGUUAAGAUGGCCAAGGCACCACUGACACCACACAAUGUCGAACUUGCUCUCGAGGUCGUCCUGCUCGGGGAUGUAGCCCACCCGCCCGACGAGCGUCGUGGACUUGAGCGGGCUGCUCGGGUCGAACGCUUGGAGGGUGCCCUGGACGAGCACCACGCUCUUCGUCUUGGCCCGGAUGCCCUUCCAGCGCGAGUGCACGGCGUCCUCGACGAGCGUGCCGUCCUCGCUCGCCUUCCCCCUGCGAUACGCCUCCGCGAUGAAGCCCUCGACGGGCUCGAGGAGCAAGACGUCCGAGACGAGAUGCAGAAGCACGUCCGCGGUAACGCGCCCUACGCCGGCGCCGACGUCUACUGCGCGGAUGCGGAGAGCACUGCAGGAAGGCGGCGGAAGGGAGAGUGGGCGUGCGGCGGAGGGGACGGUGCACAGGUCGGGGCGUAAGUGCAUGAGGAACUGGCGGGAGCUGAGCGCGUCCACGCGCGGAAGAGAC